AUGAACAUGGACUCCAAUAUAACGGCUUCUACAACUCCCGUUAAUAAUACCUCCCGACAAAAUGUACCGGCAAAUAACACCUCCCAACAAAAUAUAUCAUUUACUCAUAAACUAUAUAACAUGUUAAAUGAUCCUUCAAUAACUGAUUUAAUAUGGUGGUCUCAUUCAAAUGAGAGUUUCAUAAUAAAACCCAAUGAAAAAUUUUCUCGAGCUUUAGCUGUUUAUUUUAAACACACUAAUGUGGCUAGUUUUGUCAGGCAAUUGAACAUGUAUGGUUUCCAUAAAAUUAACAACAACAAUAAUGGCACCGCUACUAGUAAUGGUGACCUAUCGAAUACUGGUACAAGUAAUAGUACAAAUGACGGUAUAAAUUUAUGGGAAUUUAAACAUAGCAAUAAUUUUUUCCGUAGAGGUGAUAUAGAAAGUUUGAAAAAAAUUACAAGAAGAGCUUCUAAAAACAAUAUUACAAGAAAUAAUAGUGCUUCUAGUCUAAAUAUGGGCACUCAUACAAGUGUGCUUGGUAGUACUAGUACUAGUAGUAUUAAUACCAAUAAUACCACCACUAUUCCAUUCGACACGAUACAACAAAAACAACAGCAAAAUGAAUUUCCAUAUCAGCAAAAAGAUAAGGAAAAUAACAUUAAUACGUCCACUAUACAGGCAAAUAUAAAUAGUCAUACAACUCACAAUAAUUGUAACAACAAUAAUAUCAGUUCACAUGACACUUAUAACAACAGCACUAAUAGUAAUAAUAAUAUUCCAUACUCCGUAAUAGAUGCUCGAUUUAAUGAGCUAACUUAUAAUUUCCAGAUGUCUCAAAGAGAUCAUAAUACCAGAUUAGAUCAUGCUUUAGAUGAAUUAAGAAAUACCAAUGUAGAUAUUGUCAGAUUGAUAGAUUUAAUCCAAGUCUUCAUUUCCAUGAACAACAGUGAUUUAAAUCUUAAAAAUAGUAAAGAUAACAGUAUAAAUAAUAAUAAUAAUAAUAAUAACGAUAAUAGAGAUUUUGAUGUUUCACAACUAGAUUUUUUUAAUACUGAACUUUUCAAAUUUAAAACCAAGAUUAUGACUAGGACUCAAAGGAAUUUAGAAUUUUUAAAAUCCAGAUAUUCUUCAAUAUGUUCCAACACUUCAUCAUUUCAACAACAACAACAACAACAACAACAACAACAACAACAGCAGCAGCAGCAGCAGCAGCAGCAGCAGCAGCAUCAUAAUAGUAGCAAUAACCCUAAUAUCAAUCCUGACUUUAAUACCAAUAUUAAAGUCACUGCUAAUCCUACUAGCAGUACUGGAAAUAAUAACAAUAACUACAACUACUACAACAACAACACCAACAACAACGGAAACAUCAGUACCAUAAGUACUCCUGUCCCUAUGGCUAUUUAUCAAAAUAACAAUAAUGUGAGUAGUGUUUCAACACCUAUACCAAGUAACCUCCAACAACAGGAUAUGGGCUACUUUCAACAAACGCCAUCAUUCAAUUUAAUACGUAAUCCGUUUGCCAAAAACGGCAAUGGCAACAAUAACGGCAAUAAUAAACCUAAUACUAAACCUAGACAUAUGAGUGUUUUAAUGGAUCCCCUGGCACCCGCGUCUCCAUGUAGAUCUCCUCCUGGUGCUGUUAAACAACAGCAACAAUUGCAAUAUUACAAUCCCCUACACUCUCAACAACAGCAAGUACAAAUACAAGUACAGGUUCCUCCACCUCCACCACCUGCAUCGCUAACUAAUACUGCAUAUAGUAAUAAUAACUACAGUCAAGAUCAACAUCACCUUCGUCAAAGUUCACAACCGGAAAUAAAAAGAAAUAUAAGUUCAACACCCAACCAUAAUAUUAAUAACACUACUGGUAUGAAAUUUGAGGAAAAAUCUUACACUCCGCCGCCUACUUAUAAGGCAGGUGAGCCUAUGCCAUAUAAACCAGUUUAUCCAUAUGGGGUUAUACCUGCAGCGGCGCCAGCUGUUACUUCUACUCUUGUAGAACAGCAGCGUAGCAAUAGUAAUAACAACAAUACUGGUAACAUUGUUCUUAAAGAAAAACAUUCCGAUAAUAUAACUACUUCCGUUAACAAUACGUAUACGGAAAAUAUUCAUGGUUCAAAUAACAACAAUAUAGCCAAACCUACACCGAUAAGCUUGAGUUCUCGGACACCACUUUUACAAACAAUGCAUAACGGAAGUCAACAACAACAGCAGCAGCAGCAACAGCAGCAGCAGCAACAGCAGCAGCAGCAGCAAAUUAGACAUUCUCCAGUUCCUUUAACACCACAACAAAAUCAAAUAUUACAGGUCCAGCAGUUGCAACAACAACAACAACAACAACAACAACAACAACAACAACAACAACAACAACAACAACAACAACAACAACAACAACAACAACAACAACAACAACAACAACAACAACAACAACAACAACAACAACAACAACAACAACAACAACAACAACAACAACAACAACAACAACAACAACAACAACAUCAUCAUCAUCAACAACAACAACAUUAUCCUAUGAAUUCAAAUAACGUUACUCCAUAUUUAGCCAAUCCAUUGUUGAACAGUUCCUUACUGCGAAAACAAGAAAACUCUAAUGAGAAUAUAGUACCUUCUCCUACAUUAACGUCUGCUCCACAAGACGGAACCACGAAUAACAAUGUUACUAAUAUAGUCUCCGUAAAUGGUGAGGCUGAAGCAUUUAAGACUCAAGACACAUCCCCCAAUAUUAAAGGAACAGAUGCUUCUACUACUACAAACACUAAGAAUACCAUCGACAAUCAUAAUAAACCCGGGGUUAGUGCUGUUUACGCUUUAUUAAACGACAACAGCAGUAACACUAAAAAGGAUAUUCAAAACAACCGUGAAAAUGAAAAUGAAAAUGAAAAUGAAAAUGUUAUUAAAUCUAGUAACGAUUUUGAAGAAAAACAGAUAAAAAAUAAUACAGAUACAAACACUAUUAUAAGUAAUAGAAAUUGUCAAGAAGUUAAUGAUAAGGUACUGACAAGGAAGUUGGACGAAUAUGCUGAUGCUGAUAUUAGUAAAGAUCAUAAGAAUAUUAAUGAGGAAGGUCAUAUGAUCAAAAAACAAAAGAAUAUAAUGUAA